CUAAAAGGACUUUCUUACUGGUUUAAUUAGUUCUUGUCAUUGUCCUGCCGAAGGGGGAUUAAACUUACUGCGGGCGCAAAGUAGCAGCAAAGCCAGUGCGUUGGUUAUAUUUUCAACAAGCGCUUCGUGUGAGAAAAGCUCUGUUAGACGGGGACAGAAGUUUUGGUGCGCAAAAACACGCAUGUUUUCCUUGGUGUCCUGUUUGGCAUGCAUUUGUAAGCGCCGUCUGUCGCAUUUCACUCUCUGUUCGUCCAGGAGGAGCCGAGGUUAGGAUCGACUCCUUUAGCCAUGUUAGCUGCAACAUGUAACAAAAUAGGGAGUCCGAGCCCUUCACCCUCCACUAUUUCGGAUAAUUCCUCGUCAUUUGGAAAAGGCUUCCAUCCGUGGAAAAGAGCCGCCGCGAGCAGCUGCAGCCUCGGAUCCGGCCUGUCCGGCUUCGGGGUGUCCCGUAAUGGAUCUGGCAUCUCGGACUCUUUCGGCACCAACAGCUCCAGCGGAUCCAGUGCCUUUUCCCUCACGUCUGGUACUUCGUCUAGUUCCCACUUUGGAAACGAUUAUUCUGUUUUCCAAGCGUCCGUUUCGAGCAGCUCCCAAGAGCCCAGCCACCAGCCGGUUUUCAUCUCCAAGGUGCACACCUCAGUGGACAGCUUGCAGGGCAUCUAUCCGAGGAUGAGCGUUGCGCAUCCGUACGAGUCCUGGUUCAAAUCGUCUCAUCCCGGUAUCCCCACAGGAGAGGUCGGUACCACCGGAGCCUCUGCGUGGUGGGAUGUGGGAGCGGGAUGGAUUGACGUUCAGAACCCUAACGGAGCAGCACUACAAACGUCCUUACAUUCCGGUGGACUCCAGACCUCCUUGCACUCUCCUCUGGGCGGAUAUAAUUCUGAUUACUCGAGUUUAAGUCACUCUGCUUUCAGUACAAGUCCUUCUCCACACCUGUUGACAACCGGCCAGCACCUGAUGGACGGUUUCAAACCGGUGUUAUCCUCUUAUCCGGACACGAGCCCCUCUCCGUUAGGCGGGGCAGGGGGGACCAUGCUCUCCGGGGGUCCACCUGCGUCUUUAGCGGGGUCUCCGAGGUCAUCUGCCAGGCGGUACUCGGGCAGAGCCACCUGCGACUGUCCAAACUGCCAGGAGGCGGAGAGACUGGGACCGGCGGGCGCCAGCCUCCGGAGAAAGGGUCUCCACAGCUGUCAUAUCCCCGGCUGUGGGAAGGUUUACGGGAAAACGUCUCACCUAAAGGCGCAUUUGAGGUGGCACACCGGCGAGAGGCCGUUUGUGUGCAACUGGCUCUUUUGCGGGAAGAGAUUCACUCGCUCCGACGAGCUCCAGCGACAUUUACGCACGCACACCGGGGAGAAACGAUUCGCUUGUCCGGUGUGCAACAAGAGAUUUAUGCGUAGCGAUCACCUGAGUAAACAUGUAAAAACUCACAGCGCCGGAGGAUCCGCCGGCUCUGGCUCCGGGGGCAGCGGAGGCAAGAGAGGGAGUGAUACCGACAGCGAGCACAGUGCACCAGGGAGCCCUCCGUGCCAUUCCCCCGACCUGUUGCACCCACCCGAGUCAGCCCAGGGAGUGGGCAUGAACGGCCUCUAAAACUGCAUUUCAGUGAAGUAAAUAAAACAAAACAAAAAAAACAACAACUGAAAAACAGCAAAGUGUUGUGACGGAAUUGUCCGAGAGGACACGAGAGUGGGCAUACUUUGGUGUAUGCGCAAUGCUUCAUCUGAGUGUUGUCAUUUAAUGAGAAAAAUAGGUUUCUUUGACCUUUUCCAAGUGUUUAAGACUACUAAUUGCAUCAUUUCAUAGCUGUACCAUCAGAAACUUCUCAUUAAUCCAUCUGCGGUGUGAAAGUGUAAUCGAGUUCUUGUGUGGCACACUGGAGCAGUGAAACUUUCUGCAGGCCGUUCCUGAAUAAUGUUUUAAUUCCCAGUACAAGACAGAAAACACUGCUGUGAAAAAAUGCUGGGGCCUGCAAAAGUUGUGCUGUCAUACAUAUUGUUCAAAACCAAACACUGGCACUUUAUUAUCGAGCAAGAGGAACUGUUUUUAGCCACUGUGGAUGGACUGCUCGGUAGGAACAGAUACCUGUAGAUUAUGGAGACACAUGGGAUGAUUUUACACUGUAUCUGUCUCAUCCCAUGAGCGGUUUGAUAAUGGCAGAGCAGCUGGAGGUUUAUAUCACAUUACUGCUAUUCAGUCCACAGCCUACACCUAUGUGCGCAAAGUUUAUAAGCAGGCCAGCCGAGGUUGCUUGACUUCGCUGCAAAAAUGUGUUGUAUAUACUGAGAAAUGUAGGUUAGAAUAAUUACAGACCAAUGUAAAGGUGAGCAAUGUUAUUUGUCCAGGAGACGAUUUUGUAUAGGUAUUUCUAGUUGUAUAUGGACUCUAGUAAAUAUUUGAAAAUAUACGGAAAUGUACUUGGAUUUUUUUUCUUCGACAUGAUAUGAAAUGUAUUGUGGGGAGUUAUAUUUAACCACGAGUUUUUUCUUGUAUUUAGGGGUCUAUCAUUAGGCGCACUUUGAAUUUAUUUGUAAGGUUUGGAAAUCAUUUACUGUUUACCCACUCAUUUAAUUUAAGUAAGCAUGUUGUAAAGUGAUUUUAAUUUUACAAUGAUAUUUCUUUUCCUCUCUCUCGCUCUCUCUCCCUCUCUCUCUAUUCCGAGAAUGGCUUUUUAUGUGAGCCACUCAAUAAAGUCAGUAUGAAUUCAGAA